AUGAGAACAAUGGAGGCGAAAUACAGCGCAAAACACUGGGAGAGGUACGUCUCGGUCUUUCUUAUUUUCUCUGCCAUCCUGGGUGCAGUAUCUGCAGUUACACACUAUUCUAUCCCUGAAGAAAUGGAGGAAGGUUCUAUUGUCGCCAAUUUAGCAGCUGAUUUAGGUCUGGACGUUAAAACGUUAAGUAAAAGGAAGAUGCGGUUGGACAUUAUAGCCAAUAAGAAAUAUCUGGAUGUGAACAAAGAGACGGGGGAGCUAUACAUUGUAGAGAGAAUUGACAGAGAAUAUCUUUGCCCUGCCAAAACAUCUUGUUACCUGAAAAUGGAAGCUAUAAUUGAGAACCCGAAGCGAAUAUUCUAUAUCGAAAUUGAGAUAAUGGACAUAAAUGAUAAUGCACCGCAUUUUCGGAGGGACACUAUAGACCUAGACAUAUCUGAAGCAACCCAGGCUGGAGAACGUUUCUCUGUGAACAACGCAGUCGACCCUGACGUUGGUUCAAACUCCGUCAAGACGUAUAUUUUAAGCGAAAGUGAGCACUUUACAAUAGAAAUCCAGACCGGUAGGGAUGGGUCCAAAUUUGCAGAUUUAAUUCUGAAAAGGGCCUUGGACAGAGAGGCGCAAGCUGUUCAUAACCUCGUACUAACUGCAGUUGAUGGCGGAGUUCCCACACGCUCCGGUACGGCCAGUAUAAUUGUUCGUGUACUAGAUACGAAUGACAACGCCCCACAGUUUGAUAAAGAAACAUACAACAUUACCGUAAUGGAAAACUCUCCAAUUGGAAGCAUUGUUGUAAAAUUAAAUGCUACUGACUUAGAUGAGGGUUCUAAUUCCGAUAUUAUAUACUCAUAUAGUUUCUAUACAUCGGAGAAAACACAAAACACAUUCAGUUUAAACCACAAUACUGGGGAAAUAACGGUGAGGGAAAUGAUUAAUUAUGAAGACUUUAGGAUCUAUGACAUGGAAGUCAUAGCAACAGAUAAAGGAGCUAAUCCUGCAUCAGGUCAGUGUAAAUUAACUAUUCUAAUCACAGACAUGAACGAUAAUCAUCCUGAAAUAUCCAUAAAAUCCUUCCAGAGUCCAAUCAAGGAGAAUGUAGCUGUAGAUACAGUCAUAGCAGUAGUUAGUGUCAGUGAUAAAGAUUCUGUCGAAAAUGGUGUAGUUGAUUUACAUAUUCCGAAUAAUUUACCUUUUGCGCUUAGAGAGUCAUCUGAUAACUAUUAUGAGUUGGUAGUUUCAGAGCCUCUAGACAGAGAGAAAGUGCCAGAAUAUGAGAUCACUUUCACUGUUACAGAUAGGGGUUCUCCUCCAUUAUCUGACAAUGAAACGAUGACUUUAGAACUUCUGGAUGUUAACGAUAACGUUCCACUGUUUCCUCAGUCGUUCUACGCUAUACCUGUUACUGAGAAUAACGCACCUGGGGCAUUGUUAAGUUCCCUCACUGCGUUUGAUCCUGAUCUCCAUGAAAACCAAUAUCUCGUUUAUUUUAUAAUAGAGAAGGAGAUUGUGAACACCUCCAUGUCCAUGCUAUUUUCCAUCAAUCCAGAGAACGGUAAUCUUUACGCACUAAAGACGUUUGACUAUGAAAUAGAGAAGGAGUUUCUUUUCCACAUUGAGGCCAGAGACUCUGGUGUCCCUCCACUCAGCUGUAACAUGACUGUGCACAUCGUUAUUAUGGACCAGAAUGACAACACUCCAGUCAUCGUCUCUCCGUGGCGCGCACAUGGAUCGGUAGUCGAGGAAAAGAUUCCCAGAUCCACCGAUAAAGGAUCUCUUGUUUCCAAGGUAAUAGCAAUAGACACGGACUCGGUACAAAACUCUCGGAUAACAUACCAGUUUCUUCAGGUGACUGACGCUACGUUAUUCAGUCUGGAUCAAUACAAUGGAGAGAUCAGGACUAUGAGAAUGUUCAGUUACAGAGACCCGCGUCACCAACGGCUGGUUGUCAUCGCCAAGGACAACGGGGAACCUGCGCUCUCUGCUACAGUCACCAUCAAGCUCUCCACGGUGGAGACUGCUGUUAAAGCCUACUCUGACAUGACUGAAGUGCCUCUAGAAUAUGACAUCUUCUCAGACCUCAACCUGUAUCUGGUGAUCGGACUAGGCUCGGUGUCGUUUCUGUUACUGAUCACCAUAUUGGUCACCUGCGUGCUGAAGUGUCAGAAACCGAAGCCCAGCAAAGCGGCUCCCCCCAGCAGGAACAGCGUGAUCAGCGAGAGGAACUCCACCAUCGCGGAUUCCACCCUGGUCUCCAAUGAUGCGUACUGGUACAGUCUGUUUCUAGCGGAGACUAGGAAGGGAAAGCUGGUAGUCAGACAGCCUGUGCCAAAGGGAUCCAGAUACAUCGUGUCCAGUAUUCCAAGAAGCACGGGACUGACAGAGACCAGCAACUCAGCCGCUUCUACUCUUCAGGUAUGA